GCGCAUCCAAUAGAGAGACGCCACGACAGAGAGACGUGGCAUUUAUCUUUACGAUAGAGACGUGGCGUUUUGCUUCCAGUCAUCGAAGGAUGAUCGAGCGGCGGAGGGUCCAGGCCCUUCUUUCGAUAGAAUGAUGAGGAAAAGCUUCCAUUUUUUCCCUUUUUUUUUAAUGGGAAAAAAUAAGCCUUCUUCUUCAAUCUUUAAUCCCGCCCACAAAAGCCACAAUAAAUAAAUACGCGAAAAGAUUAGACACACCACCGGCCAACGACGACGAAGAACGAUCAGCCGGAGAGAGACCCCACCGCUUUCCACACUCGAGAAACAGGAUGCUGUUUCUCGAUUCUCGAUAGGGAAAAUGAUGAAAGGAGCUCCUCCUCCGGCCCGGCAGAAUUCCACUUUCCCCUCCGGCGAACCACCGCUUCGAAUGCAUUCAAAAGAGCUCACUGAAACAAGGAUUGAAGCAACCAAUGUUUAUGUGUCACCCAAUUAUGUGACACAGCAGCAAAAGAGCCAGCAUGGUUCUGGUGGGUUUGGGUCGGGUUUCAAGCUAUGGGGAUGGUCACUCUUUUCGAUCAUCCCGUGGGCAAUCGCCUCAAAUAUCAAGAUGGAAAGACCAACCACCAUAAACAGGAAGUUGAAGAGGCGGACUCAGUAUGCUCAAGUUGUGGAGGGUGGUGGUGCUGGUGGUAUUAGGGGUAACCCUUUGCGGUUCAGGCCUUAUGUGUCUAAAGUUCCAUGGCAUACUGGCCCUAGAGCCUUCCUCUCUCAGCUGUUCCCUCGUUAUGGACACUACUGUGGGCCAAACUGGUCUAGUGGGAAGGAUCAGGGUUCUCUCCUGUGGGACAAGCGGCCGAUCGAUUGGUUGGAUUACUGCUGCUACUGCCAUGAUAUGGGGUACGACACUCAUGAUCAAGCUGAGCUGUUGAAAGCGGACCUAAAGUUUCUUGAUUGUUUGGAGAGGCCAAAUAUGGUGAACAGAGGUGAUUCUCAUGUUGCACACAUAUACAGAACCAUGUCCAUCGCAGGUCUGAAGAAUAUACUUGUACCGUACAGAACACACCUCGUGAAGUUACAAUCUGGGGUUCCUCUGAUAAAUUUUGGAUGGCUGAGCAAUGUGAACUUUAGAGGCUGGAAAUUCAGCAGAAUACAAGGUAGCCAGCAGUAGAACCCGAUGUUUUUAUCUCUACUGCGAAUAAGAUGGAGGAGAGAUGAAUGCAGCAAACCCUUUGGCGUUCCACGUUUCAGCAUCUUUAGUAGAGCUUUUAUGUAAAUAAAAUUAGUGUGUAGAUCUUGGUUGCCUGAUGACACAUUUGUGGGAGUUGUAUAACGUAUGACCUUAAAAGAAAGCCUGCAAAAAUGAAAAAAAGUAGCGUACAUUCUAAUGAUCUAGAGUUUGAAGCCUUGUAGCUCAACAAAGCAUCUGCAUCUGUUGCCAUCCUUUUCUCCAUGGUUAGAAGUUGGGAGGGUAGUAUAAGAUUGUUCAUCAGGAUUUGUUGCAGGGUUGCACUUUGACAGGGAGAAAGGUGAUGCAGUGACGCUGAUGAGGAUGGUUAAUGAAAAAGAGCCUGUUUCCGUUUCAGCUCUGUUGAACUGUUAUUCAGUGUAGUGGGCGGAACGUGCUUUCUACUUUCUAUUCAUCACCUCUAACCCAGAAGAGCUUUCACCAGAGUCGGACAAUCAGAGCAUGCACUUGAUGGAACUCUGCCGAUUUCAGUACAUUGUGUGCUUUGAAGGAGACCUCGAGCCUCCACUCAAUCAAAAAGCAGCAAAUGAGAGCUUGAACUUUGUGAUCACAAACCUAACAUCGCGUACAAUGGUAACCAGAAUGGUUGGGUUCAAAAUGAUCCAUAUUUGAAGAUCAUGAUGUUAUCCGUACGACGGUUUUUGAAGCGACGAAUAAUUUGUUGAACUAUCAUGAUAUUAUCUUGAAUCAUGCAACUCCUUCAUCAUCCUUCAUAAUAAAAGUAGUUUGAAGUUUGAAGAUCUUUCCAAAUUCACUGUUUCAACAGGUCGCAUGAUUCUAAUAUGAACAUGAUUUCAUAGCUAAAACACAUGUUUUUUUAAACCGAAAUUAAUUAAUAUAUGAUGAAAAAAUCAACCUUUAAAUCAGAGCAACACGUACCACUUCAUCUCUUCGAAAUAACACACAUGCUAAAAAUAGUCCAAAAAUUCAUCUCGCGUAACUAAUCACAAAACGAAUUUUAAAGAGUGAAAUGUGGACUUAGUGCUUCAUACUCCUAACAUUUUUCUGGGUAGUUGUUACGAUAACGAAAUCAUUUGAUGGGCGGGCCGAGACGAGUACCUCAAUAUUCAUGUCUCGUCCCACUCUAUUAUGGGUCGGGUGGGUAAAACCCGUGCGGGUACGGGGCGAGGAGGGCCAACCCACUUUUACAUGUUAUUUGAAAAAAAUAAACGGAAAAUUUUCUU